CUUAAACAACAUCGCUGUUUCCGGUAAUGAGUUCAGGAGAAUCGUGUUAAAGAAGUCUAGAGAACAGGAAGAGGGUGAGGUGGAAGAUGGAGGAGUUCCCCUUCCGGACGAUGGAGAUGGUGUGUUUGGGUUCGAGUGUGGCUCUGUCUGGUCUGCUUUAUUAUAUCUACAGGAAAAAACGCAAAACUGUGGACAAGCUAAAGGAAGCGCCAGUUUUGCCGCUGGAUGAAAAGUUAGCAGAUCUUUUGAAUGCCACGCCAGGGAAAUGUCUGCAGUAUGUGGUCAUUGAGGGUACAGUGCAGCCCAUAGGGGAACCGCUAAGGAGUCAGUUUCAAGAAGGCGCUGUUGGUGUCAUCCAGAAACUGGUCCUCCGAGAACACAAACUUGUGUGGAACAGUUUAGCACGCACUUGGACAGACAGCGAGCGUGUGCUUCACCAGCGUGUGAAUGCUGUGCCCUUUAACCUGCUGGGUGUGAACAAGGCGUUUGUGCGCGUGCUGUGUCCCCUGGAGGCCACGGGUCCCAAUAUGGAAAUCGUCCACGAGAAAUUCCACCAGGCCAGUUACGGCUUCACGGACCUGAUCGGGCAGUACCUGAGCGGAGAGAAGCCCAAAGGUCAACUGGAAACGGAAGAGAUGCUAAAAGUGGGCGCGUCUUUGACCGCGGUGGGCGAGCUCAUCCUGGACACGGACCGCCUCCCGAAAAUCCGCCCGCCCACCGACGGCUCGGAGUACUUCCUGAGCACGGACGACUUUGAGACCCUGCGGCUGGAGCAGGAAGGGCAGGCGGAGGUGUGGAGGGUGCUGGCGUGCGUUUGUGCGGUGGCGGGGGUGGCCGUGCUGAUGUGGGCGGCGCGGAGGUACUAUCGCCAGCUGAAGCUGCGCUGGGAGCGGGAGAACGUGAGGAGGGAGUUUGAACUGAUGGGCGCGGGAGAACGAGGAGAGGAGGAGAGCGGCGAGGACGUACCGGAGAACGCUUGCGUGAUAUGCCUGAGCAACCCACGAAGCUGCGUGCUGCUGGACUGUGGACACGUGUGCUGCUGUUUCCGCUGCUAUCAGGCCUUGCCACAACCCAUCUGCCCCAUCUGCAGGCAGAACAUCAAACGCGUCGUUCCUUUGUAUCAGUCCUAAGAGACAUGGUUUAAAAGAGUGCUCUUUUUUAGAAAUCGGCUUAUUCUUCAACUCCCCUUGAGUUAAUAAGUUAAGUUUUACUGUUUUGAAUCCAUUCAGCCGUUCUCCAGGUGCUUGUAGCAUAGCUUAGCAUAGAUCAUUGAAUCCAAUUAGACCAGUAGCAUCGCAUUCAAAAAUAACAGGAGAGUUUUGAUAUUUAAAACUGGACUCUUCUGUAGUUAUAUUGUGUACUAAGACCAGAGGAAAAAGAAAAGGCUGAUAUGACUAGGAGCUAUACUUGCAUUCCGGAGUAAUAAUCAAGGAAAUAGGAGUAGGGGGAAAAAAGUGUAAUUUUUCACUAGUCUUAGUACACAAUAUAACUACAGAAGAGUCCAGUUUUGAAUAGGAAAAAUAUCGAAACUCUUGAGUAAUUUUUGAAUGCGAUGCUACUGGUAUAAUUGGAUUCAAUGAUCUAUGCUAAGCUGUCUGUCGCCAGACCUGGAGAUCGACUGAAUGGAUUCAAAAACAGUAAAACUUAUUAACUUGGAGAAUGAGCCUCUUUCCAAAAAAGGUGGAGUGUUCCUUUAAACUCCUACAAAUGAACAGGUGUGAUUCGAAUAGUCGAAACAGCCUUAAAUGUUAAAAAAAAAUGUUGUACUGUGAACGGGACACUUGCGACAUGAGCAACACACAGGUUUUUGAUAAGCACUUUAGUUUCACCAUUUUGGUUUUCCAGAUUCCUACCGAAGCUUAUUUCUUCCACAGGAUAAUAAAAUCAACAAAUCUGUCUAUCUAAUCAAGCUCAGUAGUAUAUUAAUAUAUGAAUAAUGUCUAAUAUAUAUAUAUAUAUAUAUAUAUAUAUAUAUAUAUAUAUAUAUAUAUAUAUAUAUAUAUAUAAGACAUUUCAGCAGUAUGAGUAAGCUCCUUUUACAGACUGUCAGUCAGUGCAGUUACAUUAUUAUGCCAGGAGGUGGCGGCAAAGACGUCUUUACGAGCGACGUGUUUAAAGAUUUCUCACUCAUGAAUAAAAUUCGUUUGAAAUCAAUUAAAGUCCACCUCACAAGGCUCACUCGAUGAUGUUUCAUUUUAUAGAGAACAACACUAUUGGUUCUAUGCAUUGAACACCCCUGACUUACUUAAAUACUGAAAAAAUAACUGAUGGCAAACAUGUUUUUUUCAACAAAAAUAUGACUUGACUCGAAGGACAGAUGCAGAUAGACACGCAUGCUCAGACUCUACAGAACCUAAUACAACAAAUCACAACUGUACACCGACCCUGUUUAUUUACAGAAUAUUACUGUCUUUACUCUUGUUAUGAUUAUUGAAGUAUUGAAUAUUCAGUACACACGCAUUAAUUGUAAAGAAGAGGGACAUACUCUGCAGGUACAAUAAUGCAGUUAAUCAGCUAUAUUAUAGCUCAUAAUUGCUAAUUUUUCUUACCUUGCAAAAAUUUGGCAAAGUUCUAAAAGUGCAAUUCUGAGUUUAUAUCUUGACGUUUUGUGAAAACUGAGAUACUGUAAAAAAACGUAAACUUCUAUAUAAAACUAAGAAUGUAUUGAAAGUCUGUUUUAUUCGCUGGUAAAAAAAAAAAUAAGCUUCCAAAUAUCUCUGCUCGCUAAAAGGGAAACGUCUAAUAUCUAUUUCAUUUGUUUGGGAUGAAAUAGCAUAAAGUCAGCAAAUACGCUUUGAUAUUUUUGUUGAUAUGACUUUCUUGUUCAUUGUUCAAGUAGGCCAUCUCGUGUUUGGCACUUAUCAAAUGGUUCAGGGUUUUUCAUUACAAUGCUGGCUAAAUGGCUGGUACAAAUAAACCUGUAAUCUAAAAUGUUCUGUAAUAUAGUAAGCUUAGUGCCUUAAUUUAUGAGUGAGAUAGUAGUAGUUUAGGGUGGUUUGUUUGUUUUUGAGAUUUCGAUUUCCUUUAGGUCCUGAUUUUAAGCUUGUCGUGUGAAGUUUGGACUACUUUGUUUUUGGUCAAUAAACACAGUUGUGUA